UCUCGGUGUGUCAAUCUCCCUAAAAAGAAACUGUUCCCAUUCCUCCCCCUGCAACAUCAUUUCAUUUCUUUGCUCAUUUCAAACACUCAAUCAAAAAAUUAAAAAAUGAGAUUAAAAACCAAAACUUUAUCUUUUAUCUUCUUCGUCCCCAUCUAAAAAAACCCUACUUUCUCAAUUUCUAUACUGCUUGCUUCUUCCUUCCUUUCGAGAAACCCAAAUCUCUCUGAUCUUGUACGGCAACUACGCUGACUCAACUUUGGACGAUUCGUGAUACUUUCCGGUGCCGUUAAGCGACUCCGUUUCCGACAUUGUGACAUCUUCUAACAAGAUGUCUUCUCAACAGAACAACGAUGACAUGCUUGAUGAGGUUCAAGAACCCUCUGACGUGGGAAAGAGAUCAACUUAUUCUGCUCUUGCUCGAAGAUCUAACAGGGGAAAAACCCAACUUUUAAAACCAUGUCUCACCACCUCCAUUGAAAGAUCUGAGUCAAAGGCUCUGUCUAUGGGUGUUUCUUUCUAUGGUUGGAGAUUUGCGAACAAAGAUUUCAAGCUUUGGGCUAAGAAGAUGUCAUAUGUUCACGAACACACUUGGAGAAAAGCUGGGAUCUUUGAAGCAAUCAUGGCAUCCACAGUCAAAAUCCCUAAAGACAUAGAUCUUGUUCUGGCUAUUGCUAAGAAAUGGUGUCCUGAAACCAAAACCUUCGUUUUCCCUUGGGGUGAAGCAACCAUAACACUAGAAGACGUUAUGGUGCUUUUAGGUUUCACUGUUUUGGGUUUGCCUAUUUUUGCUUCUCUCGAUAUCUCAGGAAAGAAGACAAAGGCGAAACUGGAGAAAGAAUGUCUGAAGAUUAAGAGAAAGAAAGGCUUUUCUGCAAACCAAGUAGCAUGGAUAGAGAGAUUCAUGGACAGUGGUGAUGAGCUUGAGCAUGUUGCUUUCCUUGUAUCAUGGCUUAGCUACUUUGUGUUUCCAUCACGGUAUUAUCAUCACUCUGAACACAUUUUUCCAAUUGCUGUUCAUCUUUCAAGAGGUACUAGGGCUGCUCUUGCUCCUGCUGUUCUUGCUCACUUGUAUGCAGAGCUAAGUCUCUUGAGAAACCACAUUAGAGAUUUCGAGGAGUCGAGUAUUAUCCUCAAGAUUGGUCUGACUGCCUUGUUUAAAUUGGUCCAAGUUUGGACAUGGGAGAGAUUCAGGGAACUACAGCCAAAACCUAAUCAGAUGCAAAAGGGUGAGCCAAGAUUGGCCCGUUGGCAUAAGCUGAAACAGAUUACAAGCAAUGCAUGGGAGAUUCACAACAACUCGAAGACGGAAAGUUUUGAGUUGCGCCCAUACACACAAGCUGUGGAAUGCUGGGAGUUUCCUCAAUUUUACCCUGAAAAAGCGAUGAUAGUUCAUGUAGGUCCCAGUCUUGAUGAUGAAUAUUUGUCUUUUGCUCGUUGCAUCAAGGUGUCUGAGCUUGUUGGCAUUGACUGUGUGGAGCAUUACUUCCCCAAUCGGGUGGCUUUACAGUUUGGGAUGCUUCAGGAUGUUCCUUCUCAUAUUAACCGGAGCAACCUCUCGAAGGAGGCAGCUUGGAAUGAUUAUGAUAAGCCUAUUGAUGAUUUGACAUUGUACAUUCCUUCCCGUUCUGCAAUACCUCGUGUUACUCAAAUGUUCUGUGAGUGGCGGAGAGCGUUGUUUCUAGAAUUCAAAAUUUCUUCAGACGCGACGCAGGUUGUUGAAACAGCUCUAAAAUUGCAAGCGCCAAACAUCAAAGGUGAUGAUACUAGUCUUGUUCCUUCUGGCUCUAAGAUAAGCAGAAGAAGACGUGUUGGAAUCAAGAUAGUUAAGGUAUCAACAAAGAUGAGACGCCACUACAUGAAGCAAGCGCAUGACAAGAAACGGAAGAACAUGAAGCGAGUUCGUGAGAACGAUGAAAAUGAUAGCCUCACCUAUGCUUCUGAACCGCUUGGUAAAAAGAGUAGACUUGAGGCGGAUAACAAUGAUUCGAGGACUUGUCAAAAGUUUGCUUCGAUAAGAUGUGAUGGAGAUGAAAUCUUACGACCACCAGAAAUAGAACAAAGGAAUGAAAAGACUGUAAACAAAGCAGCGAUGCUUCCAAGCCCAUUUAAUGAAAUCAAUUCUUCAGAUUCUCCUCUUGGUGGUAAUCGAGAAGUAGUUGACAUCCUUGUGUCACCACCAGAGACAACGCAAACCUGUGACGAUGAGCUUGAUGUGCAUGGUAGUUUUGCAGAGAAGAUGACUACUUAUGAUGAUUGCAGUAAGGAACCAGACCGGUUACUCCAAGAAGAUGGUAUCACAGCAAGAAAAAAGGCGAGCUCAGAUGAGAGGUUGUGUAGUAGUGAAGCUGACAAGGUAGAUGAUGAUGUUGAUGAUGACAGUUUGAUCCAGAAAAAGCUUGCAUUAGAGGAGCUAGCAUUAAAUGCAGACAACAAUGAUCCAAGCCCUCGUCAAAAUUUUGCCUCUGGAUGCACUACUGGAGAUGAAACAAGCAAAGCAUAUAAGAAUAAGGUCAUAAUCCCAUCUGAGGAGUCAAACACUCACAUAGCUGUACGGGAAGGAAGCCAGGGACAAGACUGUUUGUUUAACGUUGAUAGUGCUUUCAUUAGAAAGAGUGUUCAAGAGCUGAUGGUGCUGUCAUUGUCAAUAGAGGAGCGUAUUAUUAAGGCACAACAAAAUGUGGCAUGGUUAAAAGAAAGGAGAGCCGAAAAACAGAGAAACAUCGCAGAAUAUAGUUUGAUCUAGGCGUGUUGGAGGUUGUUUUGGGGCAGUCAAAUGCAAGUAGAAUAUCAAAUGAUCAUUUCUCACAUGUGUUAGAUUUUUUGCUUUAGUAUCUUUUGUAGACUUGUUUGCUUUCAAGUGUUCCAUUUGUAUCUUUUGAACUCAGUUUGUAUGUUUUAAUUCAAUUUAGAAAGCCAUAGAAAGCCUGAACCUUUUCGAUGCAAAAUUGCAAAACACAGAAAACUAUGUGGAACAACCACAUCCUGACAAGUGGAGCAUUAAUUCCACGGAAGGAUCAUCAACAGCGAUGCGCGUAUCAGAUCACACGUCGUGGCAACUUACAGAGGUCACACUCGAGAGGCUUGUGGUCUCAAGUGGUCAGGAUCUGGUGAGAGACUAGCUAGUACUGGUGGCGACGACAUUGUGGUACACAUAUGGGAUCGUUUCUUUCAAAUGUUUCAGCCUGACUUCUU